CCUCCCACCCAAACAAGUGACUGUGGUUUAUAUUCUGGGAUGGCUUUCUGAGAGGACUUUUUGCUGUGAAGGGUGUUAUUCCAUCUGCGGCUGAUUCCCUGCUGUGGGAGGCAAUGUCUCAGCGCAAAGGUCUGGUGGUCCUUGCCUACAGCGGGGGCUUGGACACCUCGUGCAUCCUCGUCUGGCUGAAGGAGCAAGGCUACGAGGUCGUCGCCUACUUGGCCAACAUCGGACAAGAUGAAAACUUUGAAAAAGCAAGGAAGAAAGCACUCUCCUUGGGAGCCAAAAAGGUUUACAUUGAAGAUAUUAGCAGAGAGUUUGUGGAAGAAUUUAUCUGGCCGGCGGUCCAGGCGAACGCAAUUUACGAGGACAGGUACCUCCUUGGCACCUCCUUGGCCCGGCCUUGCAUUGCCCACAGACAGAUGGAAAUAGCUCAGAUAGAAGGUGCCCAGUACGUCGCCCAUGGAGCAACAGGCAAGGGCAAUGACCAGAUUCGGUUUGAGCUCACCUACUAUGCCCUCAGUCCGCAGAUCAAGAUCAUUGCUCCUUGGCGGAUGCCUGAAUUCUACAACCGCUUUCGAGGUCGGAGUGACCUAAUGGAAUACGCCAAGGAACAUGGGAUCCCCGUGCCAGUGACCCCCGCCAACCCCUGGAGCAUGGAUGAAAACCUCAUGCACAUCAGCUACGAGGCCGGGAUCCUGGAGAACCCAAAGAGCCAGGCGCCCCCUGGCCUUUACACAAAGACCAGAGACCCUGCGACAGCCUCAGACACUCCUGACAUCUUAGAGAUUGAAUUCAAGAAAGGUGUCCCCGUCAAAGUGAUCAAUGUGAAGGAGGGGACAGCUCGCCAUUCACCCCUCGAGCUCUUCGUUUACCUGAAUGAAAUAGCUGGCAAGCAUGGCGUGGGGCGCAUUGACAUUGUGGAGAACCGCUUCAUUGGCAUGAAGUCUCGAGGUAUCUACGAGACCCCAGCGGGGACAAUCCUCUACCAUGCUCAUUUAGACAUCGAGGCCUUCACGAUGGAUCGGGAAGUGCGGAAAGUCAAACAAGGACUCACCGUGAAAUUUGCCGAACUGGUGUACAACGGUUUCUGGUACAGCCCUGAGUGUGAAUAUCUCCGCCAUUGCAUUGUCCGAUCCCAGGACCUUGUGGAGGGGAAGGUCCGUGUCUCUGUCUUGAAGGGCAGCGUCUACAUUUUGGGAAGGGAGUCCAGCAAGUCUUUGUACAACAAAGAACUUGUGAGCAUGGACGUUCAAGGGGAUUAUGAGCCUUCUGAUGCUACCGGCUUCAUCAACAUAAACUCCCUCCGAUUUCUACAUGCAGGGAAUGACCAGCCGCCACACUUCAUGGUUGUGAAUUCCAAAGAGGAGAGAAUCAAAUGCCAUUAACCAUUCAGCGAUGGAACUUCCCAGGAAUAGAAAAUCUGAUGCUGAAAGAAUAUCACCGGCUUCAAUGCAAGGUCAGCACGGCGGAGAAUUAAUGCAGUCAGUGGGGCCGUGGGCUGUUCUUCCCCCCUCCUCUCAAGUCCCCACGUGCCACCCGCCGCUAAUUGCACGUGGGGUUGCAUGGUAGCUUUAUUGUGGUCUUUCAAUGGCAUCCACGAAAAUGGGGCCGGGAAAAGGUGGUUGGCGGAGAGGAGGGGGGCCCUGCUCCGUCCAUUUGUAUCACAAGGAUGUUAUUAAAAUGUCCAUGCCUUUA